AUGAACUCACCUGAAAUCUGCACCGAGAUCGUGAAAUGUCUCGGGAUUGUGUGGACAGACAAAAUGUUUCUCGACUUUACAAUCAAGAUAAAAGAUGACACAAUCACUUGUCAUAAGCUCGUUCUUGCGGCCUGCUCUGAAUUUUUCCAAGCGUUGUUUCGAUCAGGAAUGAGGGAGAUUACAGAAAACUGGGUUGAGUUAAAAGAUGUUUCCUAUGAAAUAUUUCAGCUGAUUCUGAAAACACUUUACACAGGUGUCAAUGUUUUAACGUUGGAUAAUUUCAUUCACCUCUGGAGGGCUGUGCACAUGUUGCAGAUUAAUUUUAUGGUAAAAAUAUGUGAAAUAUUUGCAGCUGAGUCUAUUACGAUGGAGAACUGGGAAAACAUUUACGUAACAGCUAAACUUGUUGGCUCAACUAUUGUUCUAGAUGAGUUACAUUGCUUCAUGUUUCAUGAUCAAAUAAGUCUUUCAUCAACAUAUCUACAACUGUCUUCCAAUGAAGUUCAUAUUCAAAACACAAACAAAAUAGUCAACACAGAAAAAGAUGGCAAUGAAUUGGAAAAAGUACCUUCUGAUAACUCGCUUAAUGUUGCAUUAACCGAGCAUUUAUCUAGAAAAGAUAAAAUGACAGAAUUACUCAGUCUGAUGAGGACAUAUCUAGUGAGUCCAGAGGUGUUAACACAAGUUUAUUAUCUUAAAAUGUGUUCUGAAAACAAAGACUUUAGAGAUAUAAUCGUCAGCGCUUUGUCGUACCAAGCCCAACCUUCAAGAGACGGCCAGUGGCCAUCAGCGGCUGUGCACAGAUCGUGUAGUAGCGUUACACACGUUGGGGUUUAUGCAAGAAGAGAUGGACAGUUUAGAGCAAUACAUGCUAGUGAUGAGACUUGGUUCGAUUUGCCAACUUGUGAUGGUUUAAAAAAAAAUAUUCAGCUUGUGACGUUUGAUACAGACUUGUACGCAAUAGGAAAACCUCUUAACAUGCCAAACACGCAGCAAUAUAAAUUGUUUGUCCUCUCUGUGAACGCCUGGAAAAAAGUUUUGAAUCUGUUCUGUAACGAUGUGUUACUUGUUUCUCAUGGGCAGUUUAUUUACAUCUUAGACAAAAGUGAUAAUGUAAUUUAUCUUAUAAACCCAAGGAGUUUGGAUUUUAAAAAAUUCAGAGAAAUUCCAACGCAAUUAGAUAUAAAAUACGCAACUGUCUUUGAAAACUCCAUUCUUAUUUUCUCAUCUGAAACUCAUAACAACAUUGAGAAUACAGUUGUUCACAAUUACGAGUUUCCUUGUGACGUUUGUACCAAGCUAACCGAUUUGGAUGGACCAGCAGACCAGCUGACCACUUUCAAGAACGACAAACACAGCUACAUAUUACAGACAAAUGGCUCUUUGUGGGUUAUUUUGAAAGCAUCGUCAAUAAAAAGAAUUGAAGUAAAAUUUGUUUUUAAGCUAUGGAAUUGCCAAAGAAAACAAUAUGGUGCUUUAUCAUACAACGAGAAGUUGAUUAUUUUCGGAAAUAAUCCUGAUAGAGAUCCGCCAGAUGCAAAUAGGAAAAAUACUGUUCCAGGACAUCUUAAAGUUAUUUCAUACUGGGGAAAUGAUGAUGCAAUGUCAAAUUUCGUUCCAGCUACACUUCCAAAGACAUUUUUACUUAGGUAA